AUGGCGUCUCAAUCUCAACCGCCGCCUGGUCUUCCCGAUCAUAUCAGUCCUCUAUAUGUUGUAUUUCUCUCGAUAACGGGGGUGAUGACCUUCUUGUCGACAUGCUGUGUGAUUGCGCGAUUUGUCUCCCGAUACUACACGCUCUCCAUUAAGUGGGAUGACUGGUUCUGCCUUCUUGCGCUGGUCUUCGCCUACGGCUUCCUGUGCACGACUGCCCUCGUCGCAACCGUGGGACGCUCGGGCUUCCACCUCAUGCAGUACACGGAUCCGCUGGUUCUCGAGAAGUUCUUCCAGAUCACCCUCGCCAACAAUGUGAUUUACAACGUCAGCGUCGGACUGAGCAAGAUCUCGAUUCUGCUGUUCUACCAGCGCAUCUUCGCGAUCAACAAAGCCUUCCUGUUCUGCACCUGGGUGACUGUAGGGCUUUCCGUGGGGGCGUGCAUGGCCGCCAUCUUCGGGCUCAUUUUCUCCUCCAACCCGGUGCAAGCGCAGUGGAAGUUCUGGCUGCCCCAUACGACAAUCAAUAACAAGAGCUUCUGGAUUGCCAUGGGGAUCGUCAACAUCUUGCUCGAUGUGACUGUCCUGGCCCUGCCGCAGCCGAUGGUCUGGCGGCUGCAUCAGACCCGUCAGCGUCGGAUCUUGCUUUCUCUGGUCUUUAGUUUGGGAGGCUUCGUCUGCAUUGCCAGUACGAUCCGGCUUGUUUACAUGGCCACGGUGGACGUCAACGAUCUGACAUACACCUUCGUCACCCCGGGCAUCUGGACGAUGAUCGAAAUGAACAUCAGCAUCAUCUGCGCCUGUCUGCCCGUGAUCCCCAACCUGGUGCGGUACGUCCGAGCAAAUCGAUCCACCGUUGGAGGCAGCACAGGCUGGAACAGCCUCGUCAAGCCCUUUCGCAGCGGAAAGUCUGGCUUCAGCGCCGCCAGCUCCAUUCGAUCGCGCACCGGCGGGUCCCGAGAAGGACUGUACACCAACAUCGAAGCCGCGAGCCCCGACGAGAGCAAUUACCAGAUGGGCGAUGUGGGCACGGUUCAUGUGAAGAUGGACCUGUCGCAGAAUUGGGAUUCCGCAAAGCAAUGA